CAGGUUGUUGGUCCGAUGCCGGGUGUAACGAGGAACUAUUGACGCUAGUGUUCGGCUCUGCUGCAUAGAGAAUCCGGGUCUAGGGCGUAAAAUGCCUGCGAGAGUAAAAAAUAAACGUGGAAAUAACAUUUGUCUUCUAGGGACAACGGAAAUAGCCCCGCCUUCCGGCGCGCGGCGCUAGAGGGGAGGUGGUGGCGCAUGCGCAGUCAGAGUGGCACCCCCCCACGUGUAUUAGCUGUGGGUGUGCGGCGCUCAGGACUCACUGGGCGGUGAGCGGGAGGAACUCGGUGCGCCAUGGCAGGGAAAGCAUUUAGGAAGUUUCUUCCCCUGUUUGACCGUGUUCUGGUUGAAAGAUGUGCAGCUGAGACUGUAACCAAAGGAGGCAUCAUGCUUCCGGAAAAAUCUCAAGGAAAAGUGCUACAAGCAACAGUAGUGGCAGUUGGAUCAGGAUCCAAAGGAAAGGAUUUUUACAAUUGGCCUGAUGAAUCUUUUGAAGAAAUGGAUAGCACACUAGCUGUUCAACAGUAUAUCCAACAAAACAUAAGGGCAGACUGUUCUAACAUUGACAAAAUCCUGGAACCUCCUGAAGGACAGGAUGAAGGUGUAUGGAAGUAUGAACAUUUACGACAAUUCUGUCUCGAGCUCAAUGGACUUGCCGUCAAGCUUCAGAGUGAAUGCCACCCAGAUACAUGCACUCAGAUGACAGCAACUGAACAGUGGAUUUUUCUUUGUGCAGCCCAUAAAACUCCCAAAGAGUGUCCUGCUAUAGACUACACCAGGCACACGCUUGAUGGAGCUGCAUGUCUUCUGAAUAGCAAUAAAUAUUUCCCCAGCAGAGUUAGCAUAAAGGAAUCCUCUGUAGCCAAACUAGGAUCAGUGUGCCGUAGGAUUUACAGAAUAUUUUCCCAUGCGUAUUUUCAUCAUCGGCAGAUAUUUGAUGAAUAUGAAAAUGAAACCUUUUUGUGUCACCGGUUCACUAAAUUUGUGAUGAAAUAUAAUUUGAUGUCCAAGGAUAACCUGAUUGUACCAAUUUUGGAAGAGGAGGUGCAGAAUUCAGUGUCUGGGGAAAGUGAGGCAUGAUGGGAAUUGUGGUACAGAAAGCAACUGUACUGAACACACAAUUGACAUUAUGUACUGUAUAUAUCAUUUUAGACACUUCAAUCAUGUAUCCUUAUUAUAGCUUUGUUUAGUAUACUUUUUUGUAUGCUGUGUGCAUUGCCUUUUAAUAUGGGAAAUACUUUAAGUUAUUCAUGAACUGUAUAUUCAUCAAUGUGGCACUCAUGGUUUUUAAAUAAAAUUAGUAUUAUCUGUUUAUAAUACCUGUUAAUAAAAGAAUUACAGUUGUGUAAA